AUGCAACCACGUCGUCUAAACCUAGGCCUGGGAACGGGAAAGUGUACUUCCAAGACAUGUUCUUUCUCUCAUAAUAAAAACUAUCUACGGAUAUGUCCAAGAUUUCUGCAGCAGAAUUGCCCUCUGGGGAGCGAUGCUUGUCCACUUGCUCACGUGUUAGACCCAUGUCGAAUACCACAAUGUUCUUUCUACGAAGCUGGAAACUGUGGACGACCACACUGUCCGUAUCUUCAUGUCAGACACCCUGCAAAAUCGGUCGUUUGUUCGGAUUUCGCUUAUGGUCGUUGCCCACGGGGUCGUUUGUGCAAUAAACGUCAUGUUUGGGUGCAGAAAUCAUUGUCCAACAAAUUCGGUCAUCAAAAGUUAUCCAGACUAACAAUUGCUAUUGGAAAUACUGCUUCUAACAAGACUCUUAUAGCUACAGAGCUUGAAGACAACACAGAUGAUCAUCAUUCCAAUCCUAUUGCUGCACCAGCCGGUUCACUACGUAACGUGUAUCCUGCUCCAGAAUUUAUUCCUCUCAUGUCUGAAAGUGAUGAUUUCAUGGUAAAUACAGACGCAAGUUGUCUAUGA